CAUUUUAGUGACGACGACAAACAAUUGUUUUUUUUUUUAUUUUUAUUUUAUUUUUAUUUUGUUUUUGAUAAGUUUUUUUACUAAGUAAAGCAAAGUAAAGCUAAUAUGAGUAUUUUAUUGUGACAAUGCCACGUGAAAUAUAAUAAAUUUUUAAUUUUCAAUUGUGCCAAAAAAACAACAAAAAUAAUGAAGUUUUAUAGUGUUUUGUUUACAUUAAUAUUAAGUGUUACUUGUGAUGUUAAUAAUUUAAAAAAACCAACAAUUGCAGUAACAAUAUUAAUUAGAAAUAAAGCUCAUACAUUGCCAUAUUUUUUAAGUCAAUUUUCAAGACUUAAUUAUCCAAAAAAUCGUAUUAGUUUAUGGAUUAGAAGUGACAAUAACAUUGACAACUCAAUUGAUGUAUUAAAUACGUGGCUAAAAAAACACAAUAAAGAGUAUCAUUCAAUCGAUCUUAUUUUGGAUGAUAAAUCCGAGGGAUUUAGUGAUGAAAAGGGUAUUGCUGAUUGGUCAAAUAAUCGAUUUUCUCACGUGAUAAAAUAUCGAGAGGAGGCACUUAAUUAUGCUCGUCGUAUUUGGGCUGAUUAUAUAUUUAUGCUAGAUGCUGAUGUUUUUCUAACAAAUGUUGAUACAUUAAAUAUGCUAAUAUUAAAAAAUCAUACAGUUGUAUCACCAUUAUUAAAAUCUGAUGGAAUGUAUAGUAAUUUUUGGGCUGGUAUGACAAAUGAUUAUUAUUAUGAAAGAACACAUAAAUAUAAACCAAUAUUAAAUCGUGAAAUACAAGGUUGUCAUGAGGUACCAAUGAUUCAUUCAGCUGUACUAAUUGAUCUUCGUAAAUUAGACAGUGAUUAUUUAACUUAUAAACCAGAAAAGCUGUCUAGUUAUGAUGGACCAACUGAUGAUAUUAUUACAUUUGCACUUGGUGCAAAUUCAUCAGGAGUAACAUUGCAUGUUUGUAACGAUGAAAUUUAUGGAUUUCUUCCAGUGCCAAUUGAGGCACAUGAAACUUUAGAAGUUGAUGUUCAACAAUUGAUAAAUUUAAAAAUUGACAUACUAGGUCAACAAAAGGCUCUGUGGCUUGAAGAUGUCAUGAAAAAAUAUGUUAAUUAUCCAGAUAAAGACACUCUUGGAAUGGACAAAAUAUUCAUGAUUAAUUUAGAAAGACGACCAGAGAGACGUGAUCGAAUGAUCAAUUGUUUUCAAGAAUUAGGAAUUGAAGUUGAAAUAACAAAUGCAGUUGAUGGAAAAAAACUUAAUGAAAGUUUACUUGAUAAUUGGAAUAUUAAAAUGAUGCCUGAAUAUGCAGAUCCUUAUCAUAAAAGACCAAUGAAAAUGGGAGAAAUUGGUUGUUUUUUGAGUCAUUAUAUUAUCUGGAAUAAGGUUAUUGAAAAUAAUUAUGAAAAAGUAAUGGUACUUGAAGAUGAUGUUCGUUUUGAGCCUUAUUUUCGUAACAAAGUUAAUUGGAUAAUGAAAGAUGAAAUUGAAAGAUUAAAAAUACCUUGGGAUAUAAUAUAUUUGGGUAGAAAACGUAUGCAAGAACAAGACGAGCCAUUUGUUGAUGGAUCAAAAUAUCUUGUACAUGCUGGUUACAGUUAUUGGACACUUGGUUAUAUAUUAUCAAAAAGUGGUGCUGAAAAAUUAAUAAAUGCAAAACCACUAGAUAAAUUAAUACCUGUUGAUGAAUAUUUUCCAAUAUUAUUUGACAGACAUCCACGUACUAAUUGGAAAAAUCAUUUUUCAAAUCGUAAUUUAAUUGCAUUAUCAGCAUCACCAUUAUUAGUUUAUCCAACUCAUUAUACUGGUGAAAGUGGUUAUAUAAGUGAUACAGAAGAAUCAAUUAUUAUUAAUAAUAAUCAAAAUAUUAAAUAUGAACUUUAAUAUAUCAACAAAAUUAAUUAAGUUCUUAAUUUUUAUUCACACUUUGUGCCAAAUUUUUAUAACUAUUGUGAUGUACUAAUUAACUAAUAAUAUUAAUUAUAAAAUUUAUUAACAUAGUGAUGAUAAAUGAAAAGAAAAAAAAAGUGCCAUAUUAAAAAAAAAAGAAAAGGAUUGCAAUAAAAUAUUUUAUGAAUAUUAAAA